AUGGAGGCAUAUGACGCAGCAGUCCUCUCCUACGCCCUGGCCACAGCUGCCCACAAAAUAAAACCUGGGCUCCUGGGGAUAGCCCCAAAUAUCCCCACGAGAAAUUUGGAGGACUCCCUGACCCCUCCUGCACGAGAGGGGGGACAAAACGAGACCAAAAACUAUUUGCACCAACUGUUAUACAAUGUAGAGCAGUUGGCUGUCAAUAAAAGCUACGUGCAAGUAGCGCAUCUACUGGAGAUUUGCAGUACUAAGGAAACACAGUGGGAACCACAGAUUUUGACACCAUUAGAAGCUUUGCAGUGCGAGGUUAAAAAGGUCUGCAAGUCGUAUCCGAAAUCCUUGAAUUCUUUGAAAAUUAGUUUUGAAGGUGAUGAUAAAAGUACUUCUGGAAUCUGCCUGGAAAACGAAAUAAUUUCGAAAUCCCUAAUCGAACUUCUAAAUAAAUUUGGCUUCACUAUUGGGGCAAGCUUAUUAAAAAAAUCUUUGAAAUAA